GGUAGCAUUUCGAACUCUGCAUCCCUCGCUCAUUUACAUCUACACCGAGCAUCACAGUCCUCAUACUGAAACCCCGGAGCCGUAUCAAGCUCGUGUCUCCAGACCUCCCACCAUCAUGUCUGGCUCCAACGCAGCCCCCAUGGCCCCGAUCAGUCGGGAAACCCGACCAUCUAUCGUAGGUGGUGAUGAGCCCGAAUCGCCGUAUCCUAUUCAACUGAGAGGAUCAGUGACGAAGGGUUUUGGUAGAGGUGCCAGAGAGCUAGGUAUACCGACGGCCAACCUUCCGGACUCCUCCCUCCCGCCUUUGAACGAUCUUCAUCUCACAGGUAUCUUCUACGGUUUUGCUCGGGUUCAUUCAAGUCCAUCGACAUCUAAAUCCGUAUCGGGAUACAUGGCAUCUGCUCCGGAGCGUUCCCAAGAUGAACCUUCCACAACCUUGUCACCCGAAACCAUCUCGUCACUGCCUAGUCGGACGGCGCCCUACCCUCCGGCUGCCGAUGCCGAACCUCCAGCUGCUGAGCCCAAAACUCUGAGUGCUGAGGACUCGAGAGUGUGGCCAAUGGUCAUGAGUGUGGGAUGGAAUCCGUACUACAAGAACGAGAAGAUUACAGCGGAGGUCCACAUUUUACACCCUUUCGCACACAACUUUUACGGACACGACAUGUCGGUUUUAGUGACGGGCUAUAUUCGGCCAGAGCUUGACUAUGUAUCUAAGGAGGCCCUCAUCGAAGAUAUCAACACGGAUGCUAGAGUCGCUCUCAACUCGCUGGCUAGGCCAGCUUACGCUGCAUUAGCUUCAGAUCCCUUUCUCGCGCCUUCGAGCAAGUGAUCAGGCUGAAGUGUGGGUCAAUCACUCAGCGUCAAUCGAUAGAGUCAAACG